AUGUGCACUCCAGAUGAAAACGAUUACAAAACAUCAACUGACCCAGAUACAUCUGCAAAUACAAAUCAUACUCUCGAAAAAAAGAAGAGAAAAAAGAGAAAAAACACAAACGUGGCAUGCGUGAACUGUUCGAGAUUGCAUGUGUCAUGUGAGGCCAAAAGGCCAUGCUUACGAUGUAUCAGCAAGGGCCUCACGGCUACAUGCGUUGACGCUCCAAGAAAGAAAAGCAAGUACUUGGCUGGAAUACCGAAUAGAGAGCUCCCAAUGAACAUACAACCGGACCUUCCACCCCGCAAGAUCAUGAUACCCAUUUAUAACAACUCCAGCAAUAGUAGCCUCAACGUAAAUAACAUGGGAGAACAGCAAAAAUUCACCAGCCCACAACAUAUAGUUCACAAAGCUAAAUUCCUAUCGAAUGCUGCAGAUUCCGAGUACUCUAUUCUGUCGAAUAUCAUCUAUCAAGACACAUUGUCUAACAAGAUCCCUAUUGACAUCCUGUACUCCAACACCAAUUCCACAUCCAACUCCACAAUAGGCAAUAGCAGUAACAAUAGCCCUACGGGCACAAAUACAAGCCCUGAAGAAACAGAAAUGGAGAAAAUUCGCCAGUUGUACAGCGAACAGCGAGCAAACAUACCCCCACAUCCGUAUCCAUCUUCCAAUCAAAACGUUUAUUCUAUUCUACUGGGACCAAAUUCAGCCAAGAUUGUAGCUUCGCAAGUUAAUCUUUUCGCGAACCAUUUCCCCUUAGUGCCCGUUGAUUCAGCUGAUAAUUCCUUAAACUUUAAAAGAUUAUUGCCACGGGACCCAUCUGAAAAGAGCUCCCAAAUUAAUUGGGACUCAAGCAUAAACCAAUAUUACUUGAACAGCGAAACGGUAACAUUUCCCGAGUUGGCUAUCCCCUUAAAGCGGAGGAAAAACCAUUUGGUCUCUGUAUCCCUGGAAAGCUGUUCACCAGACGCUGCCAACAUCAAGAGCAAUGUAGAAUGGGAACAUUCAUUACGUUAUUCUACUCCAAUGGAAAUAUACACCUCCAUAAAUGCCCCCUUUUCGCAUACACCUGGAUUCCACCAUCUUUUGGUGUACCUAAAGCAUCGAUUCAACCAGCAGGAUCUGGUGAAGAUGUGUCGGUCCAUUGCCGAAUUCCGGCCCAUUUUCAUUGCGUGUUCUGUAACUUUAACCGAGGAGGACAUGAUUUUUAUGGAGCAAUGCUACCAAAGAACUCUAUUAGAAUAUGUAAAAUUUAUUGCACAAAUCGGUACCCCGACAUGUAUUUGGCGAAGAAAUGGUCAAAUUUCUUAUGUCAACGAGGAAUUUGAAAUUCUAUGCGGAUGGACAAGAGAGGAGCUACUAAACAAGAUGACUUUUAUCGUAGAGAUCAUGGACGAUGAAAGUGUACGCGAUUACUUCAAAACGCUCUCUAAAGUUGCAUAUAGGGACUUCAGAGGAUCUGAGAAGAUGAAAGUUUGCAGGCUCUUAAGCCCCAUCAAGGGCAAGAUAAUUCAUUGUUGCUGUAUGUGGACAUUAAAAAGAGAUGUCUCUGGUUUGCCCCUCAUGAUCUUGGGUAACUUCAUGCCCAUACUCAAUUGA